ACAAUUUUAUCUGACGAAGUAAGAAGACGAAUCACAUGUAGGCGACGUUACGAUGGUGUUGACUAUUUACCGAUGUUUAACGACAACAACUUUUACGCACGGUGGAGGCUGAAGCGUGAGCACAGUUGCAGAAUACGAACGACUCAUGGAGCAAGCCGAGGAGGAGCUGUCUCAGAUUGCCUCGUGGCUUUGUGAACAGGGUCUGAGUCCUGGAGCCUCAGCAGAUGAACAGCUGUGUUAUCUGUGGAGGGCUCUGCAGCACGCUCAGGGAAACCUCAACAGUCUCAACAGGAAACUGGACUCACAACGAUCACAAUACGCUGCAGAAAUAUUAGAGGUUCGUAAAUCCUUGGAGCAGAUUCGGGUCUUUACUGGACAUAAAGAUGUUUUGGCUCAAGAGAUUCAAGAGGAGAAUGACCAGCUCAGAGAGCAACUUCAGAGGCUGGUGUCUCUGCAAGAUUUGCAGAUCAGUGAAGUGGCUAAGAUGCUGUAUGAUCAGGGCCUGACAGAGCUGAUCCACAGCAGCCCCAGUGAACAGGUGGCUUACCUCCUGGUGGAGAGGGCCUCACUGCUGGAGACUUCAAGGGGGCCAAACACUGCUGCUCACAAUGGGACAGGGGGACAGAGCUGCACCUCCAGCACAGGACAGACUACCCACAAGCGGGCACUGCGCCACAGCCAAAGCCCUUGGAAAAAGCUCUUGGGACUCCAUAAAAAUCAGAAAUAUCUGCUUAUUCCUGCUGAGUCUAGACAUUUGACAGAACAAACAAACAGUUUCCAGAAAGAGUGUUAUCGACUCGAACGAGAUUUGGAGGAGGGAUCCAAGCGACUGGCCAUGGCGCACAAUGAAAUCCGGCGUUUGACAAAUGAGCUGGAGUCUGCGCAAAAGAUUCAGAGGGCCUAUGAGCCUGAACUGCAAGCUGCAAAGCACGAAGUGGAUGAACUGAGACAGGAAGUUGAACAAAUCAAGAAAUAUGAGAUGAAGGGUCUGAGAAAAGCCAAAGAGACGAACGACCGUCUGGACUGUCAGAUCCAGCGUUUACGAAACAGAGUGCAGACCUUAGAGGCAGAGGGAGGCUCGCAACAGAAGGGGGAGCUGAAGAAGUUUCAAACAGUGCAGGUUCAGACUGACCCACCUUCAAAGCCUGAAGAGGUCACAGUUCUUGAAACAGAGGUGGAGAAGUUGCAUAUUGCUCUAGAGGAACAGCAGGCUAAAGCUGGGGAGGCCAGAGCGUUAAAUAAAGUCCUAGAAGCUGAAGUGAAUCGAAACAAUGAAGUAAACAUAAAGUUACAAGGACAAAUUGAUUCUCAGAUGGAACGAUUACUGGAACAAGAAUCAGAGAUAGAGGCUCUGAAGCUGGAGUUGGAAAAUUGUCAAAGGGAUAACAAGCACCUGGAAAUGCAGCUGGAUGGGUCAGCCAAUUAUCAGCAGUCACCAGAAAACCAUCAAAAUGAAGUAGACAAGGACAAUUGUGAUUCAAUAUGCUCCAAAGAUAUGUGUAAAUUACUGAAGAAAGAGAUCUGUGAAACUCUGAAAUCCUUCGACCAAGAACGAAAGAAAUACCAGGAGAUGCAGGAAAGACUUCAACUCAAAGUGCGUUCUGUUAAACUUAAACUGAAAGAUGAGAUGAAAUGGCGGGAUGAGAAGAUGGAGGAGUUAGAGAGAGAGUUGUCCCUGUGCUCACAUGCUUUAACCAUGGAAAAGGAAUUCAAUAUGAAUGUAAUGAUGGAAAAUGAUAAACUCCUUAUUGAGAGGAGGCGACUGGUGCAGGAGCUGAACGAAGAGCUCAACAACAAUAAGAAACACGUCCACUUUGCACUUCAAAAUAGGACCGAUCUUCUGGAAAUAGAGAACAGAACACUACAAAACAGAGUAGUCGACUUGUCCAAUCAGAUCAUGUCGAUGGAACGCUCACUACGGACCAUCAAGUCUCUGAGAGCAGCUGAGGAGCUGAAGAAUACCUGUGAUCUUCAAAAGAUACUAACUCAACUUCCUGCACAAACCUCCAGUUUGAAGUUACCAGAUGUGACGUGUGAAACGUGUAGUUUCCUGUCGGGUGCAGAGACUUGGUCGCCGCCGCUCUGGUUUAGCUCGACCUGGUGAACUGUGCUACCUCAAUCUCAACCUGAACCUCGACCAACGGUCACUUUGUCCUCAACACCACUGACUCAUAAGACAAUCAACUUAUUUUCAAUUGUCUACAUCCAAUACAUAAAAAAAUAAAUACAAGAAUGGUUAAAAAGAAAACAAACAAACAAAAAAAGCCCCUGCUUUACAAACAAUUUAUUGUCUUUUAUGGCACUAAAACGAAAUCCUACAAAUUUCUAAGUGUUUGUGUUAUGUUAUGACAGUAAGGGAGACCGGGGCAUGUUGACACACUGGUUAAGUUUUCACCCUGCAUGUGUAGCUGUUUUUCAAAAGCAGCAGUAGCAAAUACAUAUUAAAUAUUUAUUAACAAAUGUAACUUUUAUGUAAUAAUCAGGUCAAUGGAUUAGAUAAAGGUGAGUUUAGCCACAGCCCAGAGAAGUGCACUUGGGGACUUUUUGAGGCAAGUUGUCACAAUCAUAAUGGGGCAAGUUGUUUGUAAAAACAAACAUCACCCAAAUCAAUGGAUAAUGUUCACCUAUAAACAAUCAGAUUUCUCUAGUCACACUGAAUGCAUUUUACAACAGAGAAAUGAGCACUAAAACACACUUUACAGGAUUUGGUAGAUUUGGUACAAACAAUUAUUUUAAAUCCUAUGCUAGAAAAUACAAUUCUCAUAAUAAAGAAAAUGUAUGGCAUCUUUUCACAGCCAUCCAAGCCUGUUUUUGAACUGUGUGUGUGACAUAUUGCGCUUUCCUUUGGUACAGAUACAUUUCUAUCAUUCGAUUUCAGAGACAAAGACAGGAAAGAAAAAAGUGCAACAACAUGCCCCAGUGUCCUUCACUAAAAAUUUGAACUGGAUUUUAUUACUUGUGAAAAAGCUUGAUAUGUCGCAUUAAUUGUGAUACCCAUUGAUUAAAAGCACUAUUUAUUUUUAACAGUUACUAUAGAAUGUAAUUUUUAACAGAAAACACACAGUUUGUUUAAUGUUACCAUGUGGUGUUUUACUAGUUCUAAUCUAGAGAGCUUUCUAAAAUUAUUCAGGGAAAAGUCAGACCAGGUUUUAGUUUCAUAAGUGACAGUUUCAGAGCAAAGUCACAUGACCAAGCUGAGGAAGACUGCAAGCGAGCAAUGAAAAUGUGUGAAAAUCAGCAACACUAUUGUAUACGUACUUGUAAAGAUGAUGUAUAAAAUGUUUAUUUAUUUUUAUUAAAUCUUGUUUCUUUUAAAACUUGUAUAUAACCAUUUUCAUAAUUUUUAAAUACCGUUCUAUUUUAUUUUCCUGUAAUUUAAAAUAUAAAACCUCCAGUAUUGACACUUUGCAGCUGAUGUCAUCAAUAUUCCCUGGGAGUGUGAAACGAACUGAAAGCAUUAGUCUGUCAGAAGCUCUGUUACUGAAGUUAGACUUAAUCUAAGCCAGGGGCGAAUCUAGACCCUAAAAUAUUUUCAGCACCCCCCCUUAAAAUUAAGAUAAAAUAAAAUAAUCCUUUAUUGUCUCCCAUGGGAGAAAUUUGUCUUGGGACAGGGGAUACAUGCUUUAUCAAAAAACAGGACAACACAACACAAAGCAGCACUUAAACAAACACCAUAGAACAAAGUAAAUAUGAGACCAAGUGUGACCAGGAGUGAUGCACCAACAGGACCUUUAAACUAUUCUUAACAGGCAAGUCCUUGCAUUCUUCUUUUCUAUUAUUGCACAUUCCCUAAGCCUACGUGCAGUUUUAAUUGCACAUUCCCUUAGCCUAUGUGCAGAUUUAAUUAUUGCACAUUCCCUCAGCCUAUGUGCAGUUUUGAUUGCACAUUCCUUAAGCCUAUGUGUAGUUUUAAUUGCACAUUCCCUGAGCCUAUGUGCAGUUUUGAUUGCACAAUCCCUAAGAAUUUUAUAAUUAUAAAAAAAAAAAAAAAAAAAAAGAGGUCUUUAUUAUUUUAUUGAGCUGACUGUUUUCUUAGUCUGAGAGGAUGUCAAACUUCAAUACUGUGCUGAAA